AUGGGGGAGUUGAGGUCGUCUUCGCCUCCACCUCACUUGGAUUUGAACAACUUUGACUCUGCAGAUGCAAAAAAUAGCAGGUACGUUUUAACAAGCCCUCGCUCCUUGGACGCCUGUGCACGACUUGGCAUCAAACCUGUUCAACUCCUGAUGAAAUCACUGAAUGAUUUAUUGUCUGAGCGGUGCGAUUUGCCUUUCGAGGAAGUGAAGGUUAUGCAGCAAUCCAAUGAAAAACAAAGGAGGACACUUUUGCAAAUGUGCCGAGAUGAGAGGGAGAGGAUUAUCCAGCAGGUUGCCAGGUGGCCGACCACUAAGAACGUCUCAAGCCUGGAAACGAGACGUGACACCGAGCUGAAGGAUGACAUCAUUGUUAAUAAGACAAUGGAUCCUCUUCCAUACGCAGACCUGUGUUUUCGGGACAAAAGUGUCAGCAAAAUAUCUCGCUGUGCUGCAGGAGAACCGGACAGGAACACAACCAGCAGCUUAGGUGACCUCAGAAACUCUCCAGCUAUCCAGAUGAAACUACAGAGGCUCACUGAAGACAUCAGGAGGAAAAUGCAUGUGUCAGUAUCCCACACAGACCGCAAGAUUGCAGCUCUCAUGCUGGUGAAGCACCAGGAAGAGGCGGACCGCCUCAGUCACAGGCAACAGAAGGACGACGAGCGAGAGCAGGCCCACAGGCAGGCUGAAGCACGGCAGGCGGAGGCGGAGAAGAGGAGGACGCAGAAGUUGAUGCAAAGCGUGCGCCGCUGGCACCAGGAACUGGAGGCCCGCAGGAGGCUGAGAGCGCGUCGGGAAGAAGAGCGAGCGGGACGGCUCAAAAGAGAGGUGAUGCUCCAAGAGGAGCGCUGGAAGAGGCUGAAGGAGCAGGUGGAGGCGCAGCGUCGAGGACAGAUGGCAGCUGCGCAGAAGGACGCACGGGGGAGGAAAUGCUGCCAGGAGAAAGUGCUGAGAGAAAUGGAGGAGGUGGACAAAAGGCAGCGAGACAAAGAGAGACGGGCAGCCGUGGAGAGGGAGCAGAGAGCAAGGAGGCGCAAAUUGCAGAUGGAGAAAAAGGAGAAGAAGCGUCUCCGGGAAGAAAAUAGAAGGGAGCUGCUGCACCGCAUCCUCUUCAAACAGCAAGUGGAGGAACAGGAGGAGGACGAGGAGUCACGCUUGAGGGACGCAAUGGAGAGGAAGAUGCGGCAUUCUCGUGUGAAACACGCUCGCGACGCGGAAGCCCGGCUGGUGGAGCUCCAGGAACGGGCGGCCCAAGAGGAGAAGCAGAUGCUGAGGACGCAACUCAGGGCAAAGUUGCAGAACAUCCAGCAGCUCACACACAAACAUCUCCUGGUCAAGCUGAGUCAGCAGCGCGCGCAGAGAGCCGUCGAGCACGCGUGGGCCCAGCAAAGGAAGAGAGCCCAGCAAACGCAUCAGCACAACAAACUCAGGCAGCUGCGUCACCGGCAAUUACGAGAGAGCCUGCAGAGAGAGGAGGAAGCGUUGAAGAAGGCCAGGGAGAGUAGCGUCACCAUGAAGGAGCGGAGGUGCCAGAGGCUGCUUCAAGAGCGGGAAAUCGUCCGGCAGGAGGCGCACAAGCGAGCCCUGGCGUCAUUUCACUUGAGGGAGCGAGUCAGGCAGCAGACUCAGAGUCGCUCGUUUGCUCAGAUGGCUCAGGAAGCGCAGCUGGCUGCCUCCAUCAGCCGCAUGAACCUCUGAAACGACAAUCGCGAGCCAUCAUCGGGAAGAUCGUCACAAAGGCUUUGUUGCAGUUCGCCAACAAAUUGUUCAUA